AUGGGCAAUGCAAAAAGUGGAGCCAUUUCCAAAGACCUUCUGGAGGAGCUGAAAAUGAACACAAAGUACACCGAGGAACAGCUUUAUGCUUGGUACCAGAAGUUCUUGAAGGAGUGCCCUACUGGUCGCAUCAGUCGGGAACAGUUUGAGAAUAUCUACGCCAGCUUCUUCCCUGAUGCAGACCCAAAAGCUUAUGCUCAGCACGUGUUCAGAAGCUUUGACUCCAACAGUGAUGGGACACUGGACUUCAAAGAAUACAUUGUGGCUCUGCAUCUGACAUCCUCGGGGAAGACUGUUCAGAAACUGGAGUGGGCGUUUGCAUUGUAUGAUGUGGACAGGAAUGGCACCAUUACAAAAAAUGAGAUACAUGAAAUUGUGAAGUCAAUAUUCAACAUGAUAUCUAAAGAAGACCAGAAAAACCUUCCAGAUGAUGAGAACACUCCAGAAAAACGAACAGAUAAAAUUUGGAAUUUUUUUGGGAAAAAAGAAAAUGGUAAAAUAACAGAGGGAGAGUUCAUUCAAGGAGUAAUGGAUAAUAAGAAUAUUCUCCGCCUCAUUCAGUUUGAUGAACCCCAAAAGGUCCAAGAAAGGCUCAAAGAGAAGAAGCAAUAA